GCUCGUUUAUGUCAAUGCUCUCGUCUAAUACUGACACGUACAACGAAAUUUUCUGUUACAGGUACGUGUGGAGACUUUUGAGCGCCAAAUUUUUGUCGGACCGCGCAUGCGCCCGCGUCCCCUCCACUUGGACCACGGCUCAGUGAUGUGCGCGCAUCACGCCGCGUAACAGUUGAAAUACGAAAGAGAAGACAGUCGGCGGUCCGAAGUUGAUCAUGUAGAUAUACCAGAGAAAAAAAAGAGAACGUCUGAUUGCAAGGUGAUUUCACGUACAAAGGGGAGUGCCGUCCGCAAUGAGACAUCAUUGAACCCCGUGUACCCUGUUGACUACGUUAUUUAGUCGCGAGUCCCUUCGCCGAUAAUCUCCAACAACCCCCUCUUCUAUUCUCACGGACAAAAACGCGAGGCUGGUGCAUCGAUGAAACGUUCAACACCCCUGGCAUGUUAUUUUCAUGUUGACAUUAGGACAUCGUGAUGAAAGUCGGGACGUGCACUGUAAUUAACAGUUCCGUUAGCCCGACGAUCGCGGAAUAAUUCGUGGCGGAUCUCGUCAAGUCUCGCCGAAAUCAAGAUUCCCUCGGGUGGGUCAAGCAUGAUUGGGCCAUCCUCUGACCCCGAGCGCGAGCUAUCCGACAACCAGUCUCGCGCCAGCAAGAAACGAAUCUUCGAGGAUCUGGACAUCGAGAGCAUCUGCGAGGAGGUGCAGAACGUCCGUAAACGAUACCAGUACCAAGAGAUCGAGGCCCCAAUGGAAGUGGUCACCUCUCACCAAGAAUUGGGCGACACGGUGGCCCUGUUCUCGCCGUUGUCGGCCCAGGAAGCCGUGGAGGAGUGCCCGGUUGCUCGACUGGAGGUUCUCCUCGUGGACGGCACUAACUGCACCUGGACAACCGUCUCGGAGCUGGAACAACACCAACAGAGUAUCGUCGACAUCGCGGCCUCGCCAUCGACGUCCUCCUCGUCGUCGUCGGAGCACAGGCAAGAGCAAGUGAUCCAGGAGGUUCAAGUAGAGGAGACGAGCUAUCCCAUUAACUCUGACUAUUGGGAGCCAGUUGUUACCGUUCCGCCGUCCAACAUACAACAGAGUAAGACUGACGUGCCUUCUAGUAGCCAUCAACAGCAACAAUUCGACGAUCAGGAGACUGGGAACCUUUCCUGGUUGCUGGAUUUCAAGUUGGAUCCGUUCAUCGAGGCUGCCGACGAAAAAUCCACUGUGCCUACUUCGUACAAGGACGUUCACAGUGGGAACAAGACAAGAGUAAAUGGACGUUCUUACGGAUACACCUACGUGAACGAUGUGAAGAGAAGCUACAACGAGAACGGAUCGUCGCAUCUGGAGUCGAAUCAUAGUUACUCUAGCCUGGACAAUCGGAAUUUUGUGUCUUCCCGAUGCAACGGCCCAAAGAAGCCACCGUUCACGUACACAGAACUUAUAGAACACGCUCUUCGUGAAAAGGGGGAGCUCACGGUGUCAGCUAUCUAUCAGUGGAUUUCGUGAGUACUUUCGAGACGAUUCAUUUAAACCAGGGAUGACUUAUUCGAAGCCCCAUGA